UAUGGUCAAGCUGUUUUUCAUCUGCAAACUACUAAACUUAUGAAUAUCACAUGCUGGUAUAUUGGGCAUCUUUAAUCUUAAGGGUAACCUGUAAAUAAAAGAACACAUCAAAAUUUCUAUCUAAAGUCAAACGAGUCAGGUAACAGCCUGUUCAAUUGCAGUGAUAAAGUAUGAAUGUUAGUUACCGCAAUGUGUUGAAUUAAAUGUCCAUGCUCUUAUGAAAUCUUUUAUUUGAAGGUAAUCCUUUACUUCUUUAGGUAAUAAAUGAGCUAUUGGGGUAGUAGUAGUGCCGGUGGUACUUAUAGCAAGGCGAAAAACAGCUUAAUACCAGGAUACAAUCCUGCUGGCAGCAGUGCUGCAAACCCAUCAUAUGUCACAUAUAGUACAUCCAAUACUACCUCUACCCCAAAUGUCUCUUACCCUUCAGCUUCGAGCUAUUCUAAACCUGCAGGAAAAGUAACUUACUACACACAAGACUGGAAUCAGAUAAAGCAGGCCCAGUACAAGGCAACUGGGCGCGUGACUACCGGCGGAAGAGGUCGCGGACGUGGAGGCUAUAAUGCUGGAUCUGUGCAGGCUGUUCAUUACUGUGAGAUCUGCAAAAUAACAUGUGGAACAGCUGCAACAUAUAAAGCUCAUCUGGAUGGAUCAAAGCAUUUGAAGAAAGCCGCUAAAGCUGAGCAAGGUGCCGAUGCUGAUCCCAAACUUCCCAAAUCUGGUUUCUACCAGUGUGUUCUCUGUGACAUAACCAGUACUACUAGUGAAGCUUUUCAGGCCCACAUCAAAGGUUCUAAGCAUGAUAAGAAAGUUCAGCUGCACAAGAGACUUGGAAAGCCUAUUCCUGAUAAUAUUACUCCUCUCAACCCUGAAGAAUCAACAAACAAAGCUGAAAAAGUUGGGGAGGAAUUCGUAGAAACCAAAUAUGAUUCCACGACGAAGAGGACCAUAUUUUUCUGUAGCAUGUGCAAUUGCAGCUUUAUGGAUGCCACAGCCAAGGAAUUUCAUAUUCAAGGUCGACGUCACAGACUAGAAUAUAAGAAAAAGUACGAUAAAACUUUGAAGGUGGAUCUGCCAGCCAGCAAGCGACAGAAGAUGGCUCACAAUGCGAGAGGUGGGAGAGGAGGAUAUCGUGGGGGUUCAAAGAGAUCAGACUCUGGUAUGGAGGAUAACGGCUCUUACAAAGAGAUUUGGGAGGCCGAACAGCGACAACUAGAAUCAGAGUGGAGCCAGUACCGGGAGGAAGAGAGAUGGUAUCGCUACAUUGAAGGCAUAAAACGACAAGAGGAGGAGCACCGACAAUGGUACAUACAAGAAAGACAGAGAUGUGAGAGACUGGGAAUAGCUCCACCUCCACCACCCCCUCGCCCCCGUCCUCCACCACCACCACCUGCUCGGGAUAACUCCAGAAAGCUUCUCAACAACCACGAUGCUAACUUGAUCCACACCAAACAUAGCCAGUUGCAGCCUAGUAAAACAGAGAUUGCUGAACUGGAAAAGCUUAUGAAACUGACUGAGGACACUAUAGAACUUAUAUCAGAAGAGCUUGAUGAAGAACACAUGCAAACACCUGAGUAUAAAGCUUGGAAAGCUAAAAAUACUGCAGCAGACGACACUGUUGAAUCAGAACCAGCUCCGGCUCCAGAAGGUGAAGAGUUAGCUCCAGAAGUUGAAAAUUCAGAUCCAGAAGCAACAGAAACAACUGGUGCAGAGACUGAGGAAAAUAUGGAUGCCGAGGAGACCAUCGCUGCGGUCCCAGCCAUAAUUGAAGAUGAUCAUUUGGUCAUCAAAAGCUGUAUCAGAAUUGGGGACCUUCCAAAACAUUCCAUCAUGAAGUCCAAGAUUGAGGGUGUUCUAGCAGUAUUCUGUGUCAAAAAGCCCUCCAUCGAAUUCUUUGAGAAGAUUUUUAUGAAAUUAAAAAUGAAGUUUGCUGAAACAGAAGAUGCUUUAGAUGUUGUGCUGGCUAGUGACAUCUCCCAAGUAACCAUAUUUGUCAAGAGAACUGAACCAGUUGCUGUGGAGGUGAAGAUAAGCAUAACGUCCGCUGUGUUCAGAGAAGAGGAAGUCAACGAGAGCAUUCUAGCUGAAGAGAAAUCCAGCAGAGUUUUAGAAAGAAAGGCUUGUCUCGAUGUCUUAGGCCUGCUUCGUCAAACUAAAUGGUUUGAAUCCCGCAUGUCUGUCAGUCUGAUUGUUGUCCUUCAGCUGCUUAAAGAUCUCAGUAAACGUAUUCCCGCGUGGAGUCCUCUAUCAACUUGGUCACUGGAACUCCUAGUGGAGAGAUGUGCCCGAACUAAGGGUUACUCAAGCCAACCCCCACAGUUCUCUCCUCCAGAGGUCCUGCGGAGAGUCUUUGAGCUCUUUGCUUCAGGAUUCCUGUUGUUGAACAGCCCUGGACUGAACGACCCUUGUGAGAAGGAGUCAGUUGACGUUCUGGCCUACUUGACUAACCAGGAGCGUGAGGAUUUGACCGCCAGUGCGCAGUAUGCUCUCAGACUCAUGGUCUACAACCAACUCUAUAAGAUCCUCGGAAUUGCUCAACCUCCUGCGCUCAAGAACCUGGGUCAAGUUCCUAGGUCAGCUGCACCCAGCAGUUUCAAACAGAAGAGUUGAACUUAUUGAACUUUAUCAGAUUUUGCCAAAAAUUGGCUGCACUUAAAAGCGUUGAACAUAACUGCUUUAAAAUAAAUUGACACAGAUUGCAACUGUUUCUCGUUAAUUUUGUUUUCUAUAGAAAAUAUUUUUCAAUUUACCUUGCACAGCUCUGCUCUGACUACUUUUCGGUUGUUAAGUGUACACUGCUUGUUUGUUUCUCAAGUAUUUCUAGACGUUUAAGAGCGAUGAUGUAUGGCAGUGUGAGCUGUAAUUUAUUCUUUUAUUAAUACAUAGUCGAACUUAAUAAUUGUUUAAUAUUCAUCGACACAACUGAAAUUCGUUAUUAA